AUGAGCGCCCAUUCGGAGGCGCCCCGAGGAGAGUCAUGGGCUUCAAUCCCCACGGACAUGAUCCUCGCCGAGCUCAGGCGACGCAAAGAGGAUGGCGAGAAGCCCGAGUGCGGUUCGAGGACCAAGGGUUCCUAUGAUACGUCGGCGCAUGUGUUUGCACUGAUCCUUAUCCUGGCCCUCAGUACGCUGGCAUGCGGAUUCCCUCUACUAUCGCGACGAACAAUGCGCGGCCGUCGACAAAAAUCCGUCAUCUUUUACUGUCAGCACAUUGGAACUGGUGUUCUGCUCGCAACCGCCUUUGUCCACCUCCUCCCGACCGCGUUCGAAUCCAUGACCGAUCCAUGCCUCCCCUACUUCUUUAGUAAAGGGUAUACACCACUACCGGGCCUUGUGGCCAUGGUUUCCGCCAUCAUCGUCGUCGGUGUCGAGUCGUAUCUCACUGCCCGAGGAGCUGGUCACUCCCAUUCCCAUAAUCAUAACUACUUUGACUCGGACGAUGAACCCGAGAGCGAGCUGCCCAUGGUCGAUACGGCUGGAUUAUCCGAGAGGAGGACGGGCCCUAGACCUCCGGAUAUUCAUCUUGAGGAUAUGGAGACUCAGGGGCUGGUUGCUGGCGUAUCGCCCUUACCAGACUCGACUCCCGUUGGUGAGGAGUCGAGAAAGCUCACAGACGACUUCAACGAUGGUGACUCGGAUCUGGAGCUGGAGAUGGAUGAACUUGCAGGCUCAUCAAGCAACACGAGGCAGCGGAAUGGGCGAUAUGCCUCACUCAAGCCGAGUAAUGCGGACGUCGAACCUCUGACCCCCAUGACUCCGAUGACGCCAAUGUCGCCUGGACCGCAGUCUCCCGAGGAACAGCAGCGAAAGAUGUUGCAAUGUCUUUUACUUGAGGCUGGAAUUUUGUUUCACAGUGUCUUUAUCGGCAUGGCCAUCUCCGUGGCUACUGGGCCGGCCUUUGUCGUCUUUUUGGUUGCUAUCAGCUUCCACCAGACGUUUGAGGGUCUUGCCCUUGGCAGCCGUAUCGCGGCAAUUCAGUUCCCUCGAAAAUCCAUCCGGCCAUGGCUGAUGGUGCUAGCAUACGGCACCACGACGCCCAUUGGACAGGCUAUCGGGCUCAUCGUGCAUCGCAUGUAUGACCCCAAGAGCGCGGGAGGUCUUCUCGUGGUCGGAUUCAUGAAUGCGAUCUCAUCAGGACUCUUGCUGUAUGCUGGCCUGGUCCAGCUGCUGGCAGAAGACUUUUUGUCAGAAAAGAGCUACAAGAUUCUCAAGGGCAAGAAGCGACUUCACGCCUAUCUCUCGGUGUGCGCCGGUGCCAUAUUGAUGGCUAUAGUGGGUGCAUUUGCCUGA